AUGACUUCCAAAGACGAGGGCAAGGCUGCCUCGGCCGAGGAGCGCCGGAGGAGCCCGCUGGACCACCUGCCCCCGCCGGCCAACUCCAACAAGCCCCUGACGCCCUUCAGCAUCGAGGACAUCCUCAACAAGCCCUCGGUGAGGAGAAGUUACACCAUCUGCGGGACUGCCCACCUGCUCUCCGCCGCCGCCGAGAAGCACCCGCCGGCCUCCCUGCCCCUCUCCAGCCGGGCGCUGCUCUCCCAGACCUCGCCUCUCUGCGCCCUCGAGGAGCUGGCCAGCAAGACCUUCAAGGGCCUGGAAGUCAGCGUCCUGCAAGCGGCCGAAGGAAGGGAUGGGAUGACAAUAUUUGGCCAGAGACAGACCCCCAAGAAAAGGAGGAAGUCUAGAACAGCCUUUACAAACCACCAGAUCUACGAACUGGAAAAAAGGUUUUUGUAUCAGAAAUACCUGUCCCCCGCUGACCGAGACCAGAUAGCCCAGCAGCUGGGCUUGACCAAUGCCCAAGUGAUAACGUGGUUUCAGAAUCGCAGGGCCAAGCUCAAGAGGGACCUGGAAGAGAUGAAAGCAGACGUGGAGUCUGCCAAGAAACUAGGACCCAACGGCCAGGUGGACCUGGUAGCCAUUUCCGACCUGGAUGCAACCCCCGAAGGGAGAGCGAAGUCCCGCUCCCUUUCGCCCACCCUCCCCAAGCAUGGACUGGAAGGCAGUGGCCACCUCCAGCUCUCCCCGGCGUCUCCUCUCACGGACCAGCCGGGCAGCAGCAAGGAUUGCUCGGAAGAUGAAGACGUGGAAAUUGACGUUGAUGAUUGAGUGGUGGCGGUGGUUGCUUCCCCCUCCUCCUCCCCCCGCCCCCUUCUUUUGCCCCGCAAACAAAAACAAACGACGAAAUUGACACAUCUCGCUUCCCCCUCCCCGCGCGCGUUCCCUUCCACACCCACCCUCGCACGAGGAGAGAACUGUCCCUCCGGCUCCUGCGCAUCAGCAACCGAAAACAUGCCGGACUUUAGGGAGAAACUAGAACUCAGCUCCCGCGGCAACUCCAUAAGGCAGUUUCUUUUCAACAAAAGCAAUAAGCAACAUGAAAGAAUUUUUUUAAACUAUCAUCAUUAUUAAAGUAAGAACCAAUAGCCCACGGCUGCCAAACCAGGUAGCUAUCAUUUUUGGA